AUGGCUCAAAAGGCCUUUGCAAGUCCAGGUAUUGUGUCGCUGGUGCGGCUGAUGCAAUGGAUGGACGCGUCCAAGGGACGGGUGCUCUUCAGUCAGUCUUUCCCGGGCUCAGCGCCCAAGGGCUGCGCUGUGAGCCUCCGCAUUCUGCCGGAAAUGGAGAAGUUGCCCGAGGAGCUGCGGGGCGAAGAGUUGGAGCCGAAGGUGCAGGAGCCACAGGAGGGCAAGGUGCGGCGCAACUCUUACGUGGAGGUGCACCGUCGCUCCCAGUCCACCGGGCGCACCAGUGUCACGCGCGCAGCCCGCUCCCAGUCGCGGGCGGAUGGUGCUCAUCGUGCACGGCCUGCGGUGCUUCCAGCCGUGUGA